CCUGGAAUCUCUUCGUCUUCAACCCCAAUUAGGUCUGGAAGAGUAUUGAAUAUAUCACAGUAUAUUCUGCAUGUACAAUGUUUCCAAUUCUCUUCCUUCCAAAAUAUAACCCUUGUCUCUAUUCCAUCACAGUUUUUUUCACUCAUUCUCUUUUGGGAUUGUGUUGCUUACCUGGAAUUACUUCAUAGCUUGACAUGGGAAGAGAGCCACCUGAGUCUCGUUGCCUAACAGAUAUGGAGUCAGACAGGAUCAGUUAUCUACCGGGUCAUGUAAUAGACCAAAUUUUGUCACAUUUGUCAAUUAAGGAAGCAGUGAGAACAAGUGUUUUAUCUAGCAAAUGGAGGUACAAAUGGGCCACGCUACCGAAUCUCGUGUUCGAUAACGAAUGUGGCUCUGCGGUUACUCAGGACCAUAUGAUUGUAAAGAACAAGUUUUUGAGAACCGUUGAUCAUGUACUGCUACUUCAUUCCGGGCCAAUCAACAAGUUCAAACUCUCCCAUCGUGAUCUCCUUGGUGUGACUGAUAUUGAUCGUUGGACGCUUCAUGUAUCCAGAAAAUCUGUUAAAGAGUUUGUGCUGGAAAUCUGGAAAGGACAGCGGUAUAAGAUACACUCAUGUUUAUUUUGUUGUCAGAGUUUGACUCAUUUAGAAUUGUUUAAUUGUUGGCUUAAACCUCCAUCUACAUUUAAAGGCUUCAAGAACUUAAAGAGUCUUGAUCUGCAACAUGUUACCUUGGCUCAGGAUGUUUUUGAAAACUUGAUAUCCAGCUGCCCAGUACUUGAACGAUUGACAUUGAUGAACUUUGAUGGUUUCACUCAUCUUAAUAUUGAUACACCGAAUCUCCUGUUUUUUGACAUUGGGGGUAAAUUUGAAGAUAUUAGCUUUGAGAAUACUUUCCAAUUAGCAGUGGUAUCAAUUGGUUUGUAUGUGAACUUUGAAAUCUAUCAAAGUAGAUUUCAUGGAGGCUCUAGCAAUUUGCUCAAAUUUUUUGUUCAUCUUCCGCACCUGCAAAGGCUAGAGAUACAGAGCUAUUUUCUAAAGUAUUUGGCAGUGGGGGUUGUGCCAAUAAAUCUUCCAAGACCGUGCAUUGAUCUAAGUUAUCUUUCUAUACGAAUAAACUUAAAUGAUUUGAAGGAAAUCUCAGCUGCUCUUUGCCUCCUAAGAAGCUCCCCUAAUCUACAAGAACUAGAAAUAUUGGCUCGACAGGAGGAUCAGACUCUUCUGAUAACGCACAACUAUUGUUGGGAAGAUGUGUUUUUUGCUUGUCCAGAGAUGAUGCAUAUGAGAAAUGUGAAGAUAGAUGGCAUAUCUGGUAUCAAACCUGAAUUGGAUUUUAUCAGCUUUCUACUUCUACACUGUCCUGUGUUGGAAAGGAUGACUGUGAUUCCUGUUUUAAACAUCGGAACAGAACUGAUGAAACAACUGCUGCGGUGUAGGAGAACCUCAAGACAAGCUGAAAUUAUUUACCUGGACCCUUAGAGUGCCUUCAGAAACAAGUUUUACACCAAUGUGGAAAAAAUUCUGAAGCUAAAACUGGUACUAUUACUUUUGUUAUGUGGCACUCAUCUUAGCCCUUGGGACUCUGAUUGGAAGAAGCUACUGUGUUUGCAUCAAUGAAUCUGUCACUAUAGUUGAAAAACUGUUACUUUAUGCCAAUGAGCAUGAAUAUGUAAAUUUGGUAAAAAGAAGCAAUAGUGUGCUUGUUGUAGAGUUAUGUACAUUUUCCAGCUGUAAUGAGCGACAAUUUUUUGGCUGAAAACUUUCAGAAUCAAUUUUCCAGAUUCUGAUCCUCUGGGAUCUUAUUAAACAAAUAAGGAGUAUGGGUGUGUUUUUUUUUGUUGCCGUUUUAA